AUGGCCUCAGACUUGUUGGCUCGUGCUUUUCGGCGCUUACCAAGCCUGAAAGGUAUUCACAUACGUCAUGCAGAUAGAUCGAUUGGGGUGAAAGAGGCGAUAGGGACCUUAGGUGUCCCUAGCGGCUUCGAACUUGGGCACAAUGCCGAGUUGACAGUUGAUAUAUUGAUGAGAGCCAGAAGAGACGCGAAAUUGGACCUUCAAUCCCUUCGGCUAUCCUAUGCUGUCGCAAGUGUCGCAGGCGAGGACGUCAUUGACUGGACCAGGGAGGAGUAUGACCCUGAUGAUAAUAGGCCAGAAAACACGAUCUUGAAGGUCAGUUCUCGUCAACCAUCGACCAAAGACUUCCAAUCGGUAAUCGGAGAUUUUGAAAACUUUCCGCCCUUGAUGACACUCAAGACUUUUGAGGUUACGUGUCUAGAGUCGACUGCACACCCGCGUACCGGCUUGGACCAUUUUUGGCUGGGUGCACUAGAUAUUAUCGAAGUCAAUUGCUCUACUUUGGUAAGUUUGAAGAUCGACGGGGGCUUCGAUCCCGAAUUCGGAGACCAUUUCAUGAAUUGCCUCUCAGAGAUGCCGAUCCAUGUACUCCGGAGGCUUUCAUUGAGUGAGAUAUAUGUCAAGAAAUGCGAACACUACCUGAAACUCUUCGCUCAUUCAACGUCAUUGAUUGAGAUGUAUCUCAAUGGAGCCAUCAUAUCGAGUCCAAGGGGCUGGACUCGGGUGGUAGAAUGGCUGAGAGCGACCAAGAUACACAAGCCAGUACGGAUGGUGCUGAAAGAUUGUCUGCCUCUUGAAGCGGGCGGACAUCAAGCCAUCGACAUAGGUCCAUACAUUGGGCGAAAGACGAGAACCAAUCCUUUGGAUGACAUCAACGACGAUGGCCGCUACUAA